UGAAUAUAAACCAAACAACCCUCCACACCCUGCAGUCUCUGGAAGUUCCUCCGCAUUCCUGUUAAUACACACACACAUAGACACACAUACAUACAUACACAUAGACAGAAAACUGGGAGGAACCACACACUGAGGCUGGGAGUUUGGAGGGGGUGUGGGCCUGCUGUAGGACUGGAGACCAGAACCUCAUCAUCAACGUUCUGACAGUCUCACCAUGAGUAAAGCAGGUGGUGAUGAAGUCGGCGGUGGCGUCUGCAGUGAAACAACCCCGCAGCCAGAGGAGAAGACUCCAGUGAAGGCCCUGAGCAAACUGACUGCUACCUCUAUUGGACCAGGAUGGACUAAAGUUAGUUGCCCCUGCUGUGUGUCGGAGCGAGUCGAGCCGUUGGUUCUGGUGAAGCUCGGAAAGAAAGUUCGCCCUGAGACGAAAAGGUGGCUCAUCAAAGUGAUUGGAGCUCCUCAGAAAGAUGGAGGUGCUGCAUUACUGGCCCACCCGGGUGAGGAUGCCAGUGGUGACAUCAUCGUGGUCUCCGCCCCACGCUGUACGCUACUUAGAGCCACUGAAGAGUUGGGUCUAUGUAAGACUUACUGCAACAACAACAUGGAGGCUUUUUCCUACAACGACAGAGACAACUUUAAAGAUUCAGAUAACAUGGAGGUGUUCCUGACCUUGGCCGAGCGGCAGUUCAUAGUCAAGUAUGAGCUGGACGGUCUGCGGGCUCAGAGAGACCUGAGAAUACCUGGCCUGUCUGACAGCUCCGCACUGCAACACCGAGACAACAUCUGGCAGAAGCUCGGGUCAGCUGGUGUUAUCUUGGACACGUUUCCCCUCCAUAACCCUGACAAACUGAAGGAUCUCAGUGAGGCCUGGUACUCUGGGAAUCAGCUGGCUCAGCCACUGGAUGCAGUCAAUGGGUAUUUCGGAAGCUCUGUGGCUUUCUACUUCAGCUUUCUUGAUUUCUACACCUGGUCUCUGCUCCCACCAGCGAUACUAGGCCUGUCCAUCACAUACUUCUCAGGUGAGGUUCAGAAAGAGAUGGAGAAGUCAGUCUCAGGUUCAAAGGUCACAGGUGUUGAAGAUGAAUCAGGAACAGCGGUCAGCGGUCACAUGAUCCAGGCAGUGUUCAGCAUGAUCUGGUCCACGGUGGUUAUGGAGCUGUGGAAGCGUCGGAGCUCCUCCCUGUCCUACCGCUGGGGCACCCUGCACCUCGCCGAACGCUUCGCAGAGCCCCGGCCCGGGUUCCAUGGCGACAUAGGGGUCAACCCUGUGACAGGUCGUGUGGAGCCGCUCUUUCCUGAAUGGCGGAGGGACCUGCGUAUGGCGCUGGUGUCAGUCCCAGUGGUGGGACUGUUUCUGGGGUUGGUGGUGCUGGGUAUGCUUUGUUUCUACUGGGGGGAGGCCCAGGUGCAGCAGCUACACAGAGACUGGGACUCCCUGCUGUCUCAGACUUUGCUCUACAUGCCCUCAGUGCUUCACAUCGUCUAUACUAACAUGCUAUCGACUGUUUACAAGACAGUGGCACAGUCUCUGACUGAACAUGAGAACCACAGAGAGGAGUCUGCCUUCCAGAACCACCUAACAGCCAAAGUCUUGGUGUUCACCUUCUUCAACUACUUUGCAGUGCUCUUCCACAUUGCCUUCUUCAAGCAGGAUGUGCCUUUGCUUCGUAAGCGUCUAGCAUCUCUGCUGAUAGUGUCCCAGCUGGUGAACCAGGUGACAGAGGUGGUCAUACCCUUCCUGGUGGAUCGGUUCAUCAGUGCCCCCCACAGGACAGAGAGUGAAGACGACCCACAGGAGGACAAAUUUAGGAACCAAAGCACCGUGCCUGCCUUCCCUGGUUUGUUUGCAGAGUACAUCGAGCUCCUGGUGCAGUUUGGGUAUUUCAGUCUUUUCUCCUGCGUGUAUCCUCUGACAGCUGUACUGCUGCUCAUCAAUAAUCUAACAGAGAUACGAUCGGACGCCUACAAAAUCUGCAAGCUCUUCCGCAAACCCUUCUCCCCCCCUGUGGCUAACAUGGGCGUGUGGCAGAUUGCUUUCGAGGUCCUGAGUUUUGUCUCCGUUGUGUCCAACUGCUGGCUGCUGCUGCUGUCACCAUGGUUACAAGAGCAGUUUCAGGAGGGCGGGAUGAGCAGCACAAACAUUCUGCUGUUGGCUGUUUUGGUGGAGCAUGUGCUGAUCCUGGUUAAGGUGGUCUUGGCGGUGCUGAUCCCUGAUGAACCGGACUGGAUUCGAAAAAAAAGAGAACAUAUUGAGUACACAUCCAUGCAGGCCUUCAGACAGCAGAAGCUGCAUUCUGAAGAGUCCUGAUUGCGUUUCAAGGUGUUGGGCUGAGGCUUUAUGUUGUCCUGAGCUGAGCUGCUACAACCAGAAUAUACAGUGCCAACCUCAGUGUUGUGUGGGCUCAGACAGGAGUCUUGGAUCUCCAGCAGGGCCCACAAUGCAUACUGCUGUGCACCCAAUGCUCCCCCUGUAUACUUCUAAAGUGUUUCUGUUGCUGUCACGAAUUAACACGGUGCUUCUGCAAUGUACGCCCUCUGAAAUGCACCCUCUUAUUACAUGUACACUGCAAGUGCAAUUGAAACAGCAGCUAAAAAGUGUUUUUUUUCCCUCAAAUAUUAGACAGCUGGGAAUGUAUUGGUUAUGUGUACGGAUGCCCUUUAGAAAUGUUAAGAUAAAAGAGGUUUUAACAGGCUUUGUUCAGGUUCAAUGAGGGAAAGCUGAAGAGCGCUUAUAUAAUCAAUAUGGCUACAGUAUGUACAAUCAAUAUUUACAGUAGUAAUAGUAAUAGGAUUCUGAUGUCACUGGCAGGGUCACAGACAAAAAAAGGAAGAAUACUUGACAAAAUGUUCCAGUUAUUUUAACUCUUUUAAAAGUGUUUUUGCUAUGAUAAGCUACAUUUUGUGUUCAGGUAACAGUAUCAUCAUAGAAGAUAGAGAAAAAGCAAGAAAUAUAAAUCAAAAUAAGGCUUUAAACCCGCCUUAGUCAAUAUUUUUAUCAAAAUAUUUAUUGAAAUGCUUGCAAACAAGUUAGCCAUAUUAAUCAUGCAUUUACAGCUUUUUGUGCUGCCCCCAAGUGGUCAAAAAACAAUUAUUGGAGCUUUAAUUUCAGAAAAUUAUUGUUAAUAUUCUGCAAUGAUAGGUAUUACCUUUUAUUGUGCUGAAUUCCUGUCUGAAACAUUUGCUUCUGCUUGAGCAGGUAGAAGAAAAUGUUGCACUAGUACCUUUCCCUUCCCACACGUAAAUAAUAACUGUAUUGGACCAUGUGACAUCUAUAACAUGAGAUGAGUACAGUAAACUAUAUGCCAAGUUUUAAUUUGCAGUGAAAGUGAUGGGAGCUACCAAAGAACCGCUAUGUGCUUUGUUAUUAGAAAUGCAUUCUUUUUUUAUGCUUGGAUUUUAGUCUUUACUCACUUGUUUAUGCGUUGUGUGCCUCUGAGAAUGACUGCUUGAGUUCACUGUGCUGCAAUAGCUACUUCACCUUUACAUUCAUACCAUGAGUGUUUUACUGUUUACUCUGGCACUUCAUACAAUGAAUCUGUCCACUGGGGAAUUCUGUAUUUUUUUCUGCUUUACAGUGGUGUAUUGUUCACUAUAUAAGUUAUUGUUUGUAGGAUAUUCUAUUUUUUCCAGCCACCAGGUGGCACUAUACAUUUAAUAUUUUGCUCCACAUACUUUUCACAAGCCCUGGUGGCUCACAGAAGCAGGUGGAUGCUAAGACCUCCUCAAGCGUCUGCACCUGUACUUGUGCACUUCUGACACUAAUCAUAAACCUGUGUGUGUGUGUGUGUGUGUGUGCGUGUGUGUGUACGUGUGCGCUCUGUUGUGAAGGGUUGUGAUGAGUUGGUGAAGAUGAACUUUUAGACAUUCUGGUGCCAGGAUCAGAAUGAAUUUCAGGUUAGAAACAGAGGUGAUGAUGUUUGCUGGUUGUUCUACAAUAAACUCACAGA